GGCCUGGAAGACGACCAUAACAGAACAGCCAUGACAGCGUUCAUUGAGGAUGCCAAAGCCCUUGCCUCGGAAGAGUAUAUCGCGACCUCGUCCUGUCCCCGAUCCUCAAACCCGUCCCCAGACAUGAAGUUGAUUGACGCUGCGGAAAUCGAUGAUAUUAUGAAAGCAAUUGACGCAAUCGCCUCUUCGGAGCUCGAAGUCAGCCCUGCGCUAAAGCAGCUAGUGGAGUUGAAGCAAAUGCAUGAAGUUCGUGAUACGCAACUCCGACAGCUCCAAGCACUUAGAGAACAAUACGAACGUAAUGAAGAGAGGGCUAAUGAGCAGUUGAGCGUAUUCGCGGAGAGACAGGCAGAGCUGGAGGAAUUGAGAGAUCAAUUUGCGAUUGUUAAGGCUAUGAGGGGUUAUGAGGGCUCUGACGAUAUUGACCCUGGGGAACGCGAUAUUGUUUCUGGGGAACAAAGAACGGGGAAGCAAACAUUGGAGAUGCUGACAGACGCCGAGCAGCAAGAUCACUCCAAGGUGGCAGCCCUCCGUCGUGAACUUGCAUUUCUUGAAGAUAUAAAACGAGGCCUGGAUGCAAAAAAGAAAGCUCUUCAGGAUGCUUAUCCUGCCGAGAACGUUACAGUCGCAAGCGUCGACCAACUCGCCAAUCUGGACUCUGCAAUGUCGGAUCAACACCGGGUAGCGGAAGCCGCAAAUGUACAUUUUCAACAGAACGAGGACCCGAGAGAGUUCGCUCUGGAAGAGUUGAUGAGGCGGUUAGAGGCAGCCUCUGUCGGGGGGAAUGGUCAAAUGAGACGUGCAGAGCCAAGAGUUCCGUCCCAUCUCCACUACUACGCUGGAAACGCUGAACAACGAGUUGAUCAAAGCGUUCCCGAGGACGUCAGUGACGCAGACAUCCAGAACAUUGAACAAGGAAUGCAGGAGGUUCUUGCUCAAAUGGGGACUGUUGAAAAAGCUCGAGAAAUGGCGACGGAUGAACAGAAACAGCAAUUUGACGAGUUAUUUGCCCGGUUGAAGGGGCAACUCGGGGAGUUGGUUCAAGUUCAGAACAAGGUGACAUAUUUUAGGAACUUGCUGAAGACGCAGGCGUCUGUCGGACAGUCGUCUCUUCAGCAAGAGCGGAAUAUCGAACAAGUGCAAUCUGCCCCUUCGCGCGCGCGUGCAGGUAACGGUCCAUCCAACGCGAAUUCGAAACGUCCGGGACCAAAUUUCCCUGCAGUCCAUAAUCUGCUGCCCUACGACCAUCGGAGUGCAUCUCCAGGCCAGUACAGGUCUGUUGAGGUCGAUCAAGCCGUCCGAGGACUGAAUCAGUAUAAAGAAGGAGGGUUUAUCGAGAACCGUGGAGAUGCGUCGUGGGUGGAAGCUGCCGAGGUUGAUGAAUAUGAUAUUAAGGAGGAGGUACCAGAUGUCUACGCAGAGGGAACCAAUAUGAGUGGAAAUGAUAUGGAGACGAGUAUUACUCCCGAAGCUAAACGGUUGUACACAGAUUGCACUCUGUGUCUCUUUGACCAGUGCAAAGACAAAAUCUACCGCUGCGCUGCGAGUCUCAUAUCCAAGCACGAGACGGAGCCCUAUUUUUUACUACAACUCUUUCGGGGCGCGGAGAAAUUGGGCAAUACGUAUUUGAGACAGAGACUGUUACUUGCUCUCGAUGACGUUUUGGAAGAGGCAGAAGGGUUAGAGCGUGAAAGGGGUAGAGGUGAGGAGCGUCCAACCAAGAGGGGGCGAUUUUUCGAGGAGAAUCAGGUGUAG